GUCUGCUGGUACUGUUGUGAUUGAUACUCCUGGUCCUACUCCCUCUUGGGUGACUGAAACAGUCACUUCUGGCUCUAAAGGAUUUACCUCUACUAUUGCCACCCCUACCGGCACAUCCGCUGGUACUGUACUAGUUGACAUUCCCUCUGCUUGGAUAACAACAACCACUACUUCUGGAUCUACAGGAUUUACUUCAACGAUUGCGACACCAAGUGGUACCAAAACCGGAACAGUAUUAGUAGAUGUUCCAACUCCAACUCCCUCAGUCUUCCCUUCAUGCAACAGCCGUUGUAACUCUGACAACUCCUUCCGCAUUCAAGUUUUAAAUGACGAUAUCUCUCCUUCCUACGUACAUUUGGAUGAAAACAAUUACGCGAUAGCAUCUUCCAACUACACAAAUAGCGAGCACACUUUCGUGUAUGAUUCUGAUAGCAGAAGAAUAGUAACGUGCUGUGAUGUGAAACCCGUCUACAGAAUGGACCGAGACGACAAGAAAGCGUACUCUAUGCAAAUUUACAAGGAUGAUGAUGGUCAAUUCCAAUUUAAAUACUCAGAUAAUGGAGUAUUCCAUUCGUUGGGACUCUUAACCUUGACAGAUGGCAGAGUUGGUGUAACCACCGACUUGAAAAAGUUUAAGCCCUUUUACUCAAAUGGUACUGAAAUGGAACGUUCUGAGAAUGUCGUUUUAAGAGCGGUCAAUUAUUAAAAAAUAAUGGUAUAAAACGCUACAUUAAUCCCUUAAUGACUAAUUGUCGCCCUGUUAAUAUUGAAAGCCUUUCAAACUUUAAUUAGACACGCUUUCUAGACUUAUGUGAAACACGACGAUAACUUCUUGAAUAAAAGUACUCAUUACUUGAAUAGAAUAUACGGAAUUUCUUAAUGAAAUAUUAAAAUUUUAGAGACA